AUGGGAAACAGACGACUUACGAAGAAGGCUAUCAAGGGCAAGGAGGGGCUGCACCCUGGGUCCAGAAAAGCUCAUCAGCUCACGAGGGUCAACUUGCGUCUCGACAAGCUCCAAUCUCAGGGCAAGAUCAGGAAAGACCUCAAUACUUCCAAGAUGACCCGACCGCUCUUCUUCCUCCACUCCCUCUCAUCCCCCAAUCCUCUCACGCUCGAAUCCUUCCGCGCGCUCGUUUCUGAAGUGUACUUGAAGCGGAAUGAUCCCCGGAUAGACGAACUUCUGGCAGAGAGGCGAGCGGGGAGACCGAAGCAGAAGGAACUGUUGGAGCUUGAAGAGUUUAGGAGAAGGGAGAGGGCAGAGUAUGAUUCUGGUAUGGAACUGCCGGAUAUGACCCACGGCCCGACAACGCAUCUGAUGCACCAGUGGAUAAUGGCAGACGCUUCCAUCAACUCGUCGCAUCUCGACCUCAUGCGCCAUGUUCGUCUGUCGCCAAAGGGAGAGCCGGUGAUGACGAAGAAGGGAAGCACGGAGGAGAUGGGGCUGGAUAAGCUGGAGGGGGAGGUGGGAGCGGGGGAUGAUUGGACUACUUUGGCGGAUGGAGAGAAGGGGGAAGGGGAGGCUAUGGAGGAGGAGCUGUGA